UCCCCGCCGACCCCCGCCGUGCAGGCCACCUCCCUGGGGGCCGCCACCCCGCCGCCCGCGCCCACUGGCACGUCCUGCGAGCCGCAGAUUGUCAUCAACACGGUGCCCCAGCUGCACUCGGAGAGGACCAUGUACUUCAAGUCCAGCGACAACCGCCUCCUCAUGUCCCUCUUCCUCCUCUUCUUCGUCCUCUUCCUCUGCCUUCUGCUCUACAAUUGCUACAAGGGCUACCUGCCCGGGCAGUGCCUGAAGGUCCGCGCCGCCCUGCUGCUCGGGCAGAAGAAGCCCAAGCCGGACUUCUGCGACCGCGAGCAGAGCCUCAAGGAGACGCUGGUGGAGCCCGGGAGCCUCUCCCAGGAGAGCGGGGCGCGGCCCAGG